CCUGUAGAAGAAGUAGAUACAAAUUGUACGAAUGCGCCUAUCGAUGUUACGUUCCUGAUUGCAUCUGUACAUGCUAUUGGAUGCCGAUCGCUGCACGGCGUACUAUAUCUGUAUAUGUAUACAAAGCACGCAUACGUUAAUACAAGCUAUCGGCGCAUAUACACUAAUAGCGGGGAUAUCCGAACACGACCGAACACCACCGAACAUUGCCGAUGCAAAAUAGCCGACAAUUGACUGAGCGUCGAGGAGUCGGGCAGAAAAGAGACAAGCCAUUCCUUUGGGUGUACAGCUUCCCCUUUCUCGAUUUUGUCAUGAAAUUAACGCGUAUUGCUGCUCAUUUUGCAAACCGACGAGCAAUCAUUCUGCAAAUAUCGAUGGACGUUCCAGGGACGAUCACGUGGGAAGAAUUUCUCGAAAAUGCUGAAGCAUUUUUGGAAAUGUCGAAUAAGUUGUCCGAUGGGUGGGAACUUCGAGGUUACAAGGAUGUACCCGGGAAAGCGUAUAUUGCUCGACAAAAGAAAUAUAUUAUUCCCGCCAAUAGCGAUUCGCACUAUUGUUUGUUAUCCGAAAAUAAAGAUAUCGACGACUACUUAAAUUUCGAGUUGCAACAGGAUCCGUUCGAAGCUCCCUCUGUGGUCGAGAAAAUAUUGGUGAAGGAACAUCACGUACUAUGGUCGAUGAGCUACUCCGUUCCCGUGCUGUAUUUUAAUGGAUGGAAGUCAGAUUUUCCUGGCAUCAAUCCAGUAAGUGUGGAAGAGGCCCAAUCGUUUGCUCGCGGUGCAAAGCUAAAUUAUACGGAAUUAUCACAAGCAAUACAUCCCAUAUUAGGUACUCCCUUCCUGCAUUUGCAUCCUUGUUUCUCACACGAGCUUUUACAAAUUACGAGUAAAAGCAAAAACAAACUGGUCAGUUGGUUGAGUACUGUCGCUUCUAGUGCACUCGGCCUUAAACUUCUACCUGAAUAUUGCAAAUUGACUCUGUAGGACAUAAUUUAAUAGUUAAAAAUAGAUCUCAAUGCGACGAAA